AUGAGGGGGCCUUCCUGCCUCUGGGUCCUGCUCCCACUGCUGCUGGGAGCUGCUGGGAUGCUAGAAUCCGCAGGUAGGGAAGCCUCAAGCUGCGGGCAGCCUCACGUGGCCAGUCGGAUCGUGGGGGGCCGCGACGCCCGGGCCGGAGAGUGGCCGUGGCAGGCCAGCAUCCAGCACCGCGGGGCACACGUGUGCGGGGGCUCCCUGGUCGCCCCCCAGUGGGUGCUGACGGCCGCGCACUGCUUCCCAAGGAGGGCGCUGCCGUGCGAGUACCAUGUGCGCCUCGGGGCGCUGCACCUGGGUCCUGCCCCACCCGGUGCUCUCUUGGCACCUGUGCGGAGGGUGCUGCUGCCCCCGGACUACUCGGAGGACAGGGCCCGUGGCGACCUGGCACUGCUGCAGCUGCGCCAUGCGGUGCCCUUGAGCACCCGAGUCCAGCCCGUCUGCCUGCCGGAGCCGGGGUCUCGCCCACCACCCGGCUCGCCGUGCUGGGUCACUGGCUGGGGCAGCCUCCAGCCAGGAGUGCCACUCCCAGAGUGGCAACCUCUGCAGGGGGUAAGGGUGCCACUGCUGGAUGCUCGGACCUGUGACCGCCUCUACCACGUGGGCACCACCGUGCCCCAGGCUGAGCUCAUAGUGCUGCCCGGGAACCUGUGUGCCGGCUACGCCGAGGGCCAUAAGGAUGCCUGCCAGGGGGACUCUGGAGGACCCUUGACCUGCCUGAAGUCUGGCCGCUGGGUCCUGGUGGGUGUGGUGAGCUGGGGCAAGGGCUGUGCCCUGCCCAACCGCCCAGGUGUCUAUACCAACGUGGCCACUUACAGCCCCUGGAUUCAGGCUCACCUCAGCCUCUGAUGCAGUGACACUGACCUGAAGCCAGACGCUGGGGUCCAUCUGGGGACCUGCACAUUCCCUACCCGCCCCUUCUGACCUAAGGCUCA